CGGAGGGCUUCCGAUCGAACUGUCGAACUCCAUGGAAGCGGUGUCGGUGAUGGGGCUGGAGAGCCUCGGGGGACUGAUACUGGAGACGAUCUUGUUGAAACUGGGGCCUCGAGAUGCGAGCGCGGUUGCCUGCGUCAGCUCCAGGCUCCGGGUAGCCGCCUCAGAAGAGAAUCUUUGGCUCAAUUUCUGUGACUCCGACUUCGGUCUCUCAUCACGCGAGGACCCCCAAGGAAACCCUUGUCCUUCUUUCAAGGCUGCUUAUGAGAAAUGGUUGAAAUCCUUUUUAAUUUAUCCACUACCUCUUGUAAAGAGGGCUAAACAAUGUUGGAGUUCCAUUAGAAGCUGGAUGGCUAUUAAUUUUCCAGAAGCUAACGAUACUUUGAGGAGGGGCGCUACUGAAGCUGAGAUAAAAAAGGCUGAAGAAAAGCUAGGGGUGAAGUUUCCCCUCCUGACAAGGAUUUUGUACCGUUUCUGUGAUGGUCAGGACACGGUGGCUUUGGAUAAUUCACAGUACAGGCGCUUAGCUCCUUUAGGUAUUAUAGGGGGUUAUAAAUUCUACGAUCACUUGGUUAAUUUGCACUUAUUGCCUUUGUCCCAAAUUGUCAUGGAAACCAAGGAAUUUGGACGGAUGAUGGGUUUUAAAAGCAAGAAUAUUGUAGUGGCAAUAUCCAACUACAGGGACAAGCUCUUCUUUCUCAAUUGUGGCAGUGGUCAACUCUAUGUUGGGACUAAAGAUCUGUUAAGUUCAGGUGAAAUGAUGCCUUGUGUACCUUCAACACUAGUUAUGCCAAGGCCUGGUGAUGCAGAUGGUUUACCGCAGGGGGCAUUGAUGUUGUGGUUGGAAGAGCAUAGCCGACGUCUUAAUAGUGGUAUAAUUCUAACUCGAAUGUUAGGAAAAGCUCGAACAAUCUCUUUAUAUCCUGAAGCAGCUCCUCAAACUCCUCCUGUAAGAAGACCAGAAACAAUCAACUUAUAUCCAAAUGCUCCUCCUACCUAUUCAACUGCUGUUACUAAUGGUGUUAAGGUACGUGCUUCUGCAAUUUUUGUGCCUGAACUUUCUUCUAUUGAUGGAGAGAAGCAGUACUAUUUUUCCUACUCAAUCCGCAUGUCACUAAUUCCAGACGGAUGCAUUUUGAAUGGCGUAUACUAUUCUUCUUGCCAACUUUCUUCUCGACAUUGGAUCAUUAGAUCCAAGGACGAUAUCAUAGAUGAAGUGUCUGGAGAAGCCGUGAUAGGCUUGUACCCUCACCUGAUGCCAAAUCAGAACGAGUUUGUGUAUGAAAGCUGCACUCAUCUGCCUGAUGCUUUUGGGUCUAUUGAAGGUUCUUUCACAUUUGUUCCUGGAAGUUUGGCUCAUCCGGAAGGGCCAUCUUUUAAGGUCAAAGUGGCACCGUUCACCCUUGAAGUCCCUGAAUAUAUUUUCUAACCUGACUUCUAGAAAAUUCUGAGAGGUCGAGAUCUUUAUCAACUAAAUUAACGGACACUCAUACGCUAUACUUAUUGCUUUGUAUUUAUGCACUAUAAGAAACUCAAGAUUAUCACAUAAGUUUUGUAAAUAGUGUUGGUAUGCUCCAAGUUUAUAUUACCUUUUAUGUGGACAUGCAUGUUCUUUUUAUGGUGUUGAAGAAAUAUGUUUAAUAGUUUAUUUUGGACAAAAA